AUGACGCCCAAGGACGAUAAGAAGAAGAAAGAUGCCGGCAAGUUGGCCAAGAAGGACAAAGAUCCCAUGAACAAGUCUGGGGGCAAAGCUAAGAAGUGGUCCAAAAGAAAAAUUCGAGACAAGCUCAACAAUCUGUUUCUGUUUGACAAAGCAACGUACGACAAACUCUGCAAGGAGGUCCCCACCUAUAAACUCAUCACCCCUGCAGUAGUCUCAGAGAGACUGAAGAUCAGGGGUUCUCUAGCCCGAGUAGCCCUCCAGGAACUGCUUAGUAAAGGUCUGAUUAAGCUGGUUUCCAAACAGAGCACAAGUGAUAUAUACCAGGAACACUAA